AACUUCUGCCUGGACUGGUGCAAACAGCCUGACGUCGGACUCCCAAAGCCAGAUCUGAUUCUGUUUCUUCAGUUAAACCCAGAAGCUGCAGCAGAACGAGGGAACUUUGGAAACGAACGUUACGAGAACAGCUCCUUCCAAGAGAAAGUUCUACAGUCCUUCCAUCAUCUGAUGAAGGACAAGACAUUAAACUGGAAGACAGUGGAUGCUUCAAAGAGCAUAGAAGACUUGCACAGAGAAAUCAAGUCCAUUGCAGAGGAAACCAUGCAGGAGGUUCAGAAUAAACCUUUGGGAGAGCUCUGGAAAUAA